GGGUGUCAGCGGGGAGUCAUGAAGAGGAGUGGCACACCAGUGUGGGACAGAAGGAGCUACAGGCCCCCUCCCACAUUAAAGAGGAGCAGCUUCAUGAUGAAGAUGAAGCUCAGUCCUUACAGCUUCAUCACAGUCAAAGUGAGGAGAACAGAGGGGCGGAGCUUGUAAGUCAACACAUCACAGAAGCUGAUGGAGAGCAUUGUGAAGAUAUCAAGUCAGAACCAGACAGCAUCUUUGCUCCACUGUCAGACAUGGACCACAUGAUGUCACACUCUUCUGAUCACAGUGACCACAUCCAAAAACCUUUGGAGAGUAAAAAUGACUCUAAAGGUGAUACGAGACAUCACACCAACAACAAACACUUUGACUGCUCUGAAUGUGGGAAAUCAUUUAGACUGAAGACUAAUUUUACAAGACACAUGACAACACAUAAUGGGGAGAAACCUUUUACUUGCUCUGUUUGUAAGAAGAGUUUAUCCAGAAAGGAACACAUGACCACACACAUGAGAACGCACACUGGAGAGAAACCUUUUACUUGCUCUGUUUGUAAGAAGAGUUUUUCCAGAAAGGAACAAAUAACCACACACAUGAGAACACACACUGGAGAGAAACCUUUUGCUUGCUCAGCUUGUGCUAAAAGAUUUAACACUAAGAAGGAAAUUACAUUACACAUGAGAACACACACAGGUGAGAAACCUUUUACUUGCUCUGUUUGUAAGAAGAGUUUCUCCAGCAAGCAAAUCAUGACCAGACACAUGAGAACACACACUGGAGAGAAACCUUUUGCUUGCUCAGCUUGUGUUAAAAGAUUCAACACUAAGAAGGAAAUGAUAUUGCACAUGAGAACACACACAGGUGAGAAACCUUUUACCUGCCCUUUUUGUGAGAAGCGUUUCUCCAGAAAGGAACGCAUGACCACACACAUGAGAACACACACUGGAGAGAAACCG